AUGCGAUUCUAUGAAAAACCGCUGCCUGACACGGACGAGAUUGUCAUGUGUCAGGUGCGGCAGAUUGCCGAGAUGGGCGCGUACGUAAAGCUUUUGGAGUAUGACAAUGCUGAGGGCAUGAUUCUGCUCUCGGAGCUGAGUCGCCGACGCAUCCGCAGUAUCCAGAAGCUGAUCCGCGUCGGCCGCAACGAGGUCGUGGUCGUGCUGCGUGUCGACAAGGAGAAGGGGUACAUCGACCUGUCAAAGCGACGCGUCUCGCCGGAAGACGUCGUCAAGUGCGAGGAGCGGUACAGCAAGUCGCGUGCGGUGAACAGCAUCGUGUCGCACGUUGCACACAAGCUCGACCGCCCUGUUGAGGAACUGUACGAAAAGAUUGUAUGGCCCCUCGACCGCACGUACGGUCACUCGUACGAUGCAUUCAAGCUCGCGGUCACUGAGGCCCCCAAGGUGUUUGAGGGCAUCGAGAUCGACGAGGUUGUGCGCAAGGAGCUGGAGGCCAACAUUGCGCGCCGUCUUACACCGCAGCCUGUCAAAAUUCGUGCCGAUGUCGAGGUGUCGUGCUUCGGCUAUGAGGGUAUUGACGCCGUGAAGGAGGCGCUCCGCGCCGGCGAGGCCCUGUCGACCGAGACGAUUCCGAUCAAGAUCAAGCUCGUCGCACCGCCCCUCUACGUUCUAGUUAGUCACUCGACCGACAAGGCGGGCGGCAUUGCGCGCAUGGAACAGGCGCUCGAAAAAAUCACAGAGACGAUCGAGAAGAGCGAGGGUAAGGUCUCUAUCAAGAUGAAGCCCAAGGCCGUCUCGGCCGUGGAGGACGAAGAGCUCGCGCAGCUCAUGGCCCGCGUCGAGCGCGAAAACACCGAGGUCCAGGGCGACGACGACUCGGAGGAAGACGAGUAA